ACCACAUGACAUGCAGGUAUAAGGAAAAAAGAUGGGAUUCUAAGAGGUUGGUUGGAUCAGGUGGAAUGCCUUCAUCACAUUCAGCAACUGUGGCGGCUCUUGCAGUGGCUAUUGGUCUUCAAGAAGGGACUGGGGGAUCCUUAUUUGCCCUUGCUACAAUAUUGGCAUCUGUUGUAAUGUAUGAUGCAUCUGGGAUUAGAUUGCAUGCUGGCAGGCAAGCUGAGUUGCUAAAUCAACUAGUGUGCGAGUUGCCACCAGAGCACCCUUUGUCUAACGGUAGGCCUUUACAUGAUUCUCUUGGACACACUCCUCUCCAGGUUUUUGCUGGAGCUGUUCUUGGUUGCGUUGUGUCCUACCUAAUGAGGAAUUCUUCUCCUGUAUAAGAAAGACACUGGGAUUUAAGUAGUCUAAUAUGUUUAAGAAAAACUUUGUACCAAGCGUCUCAUUACAUUAAAUUUAAUAUGCUUUAAACUGACUUUUGCUGUUGUUGUUGCGAUAAGCUUUGUAGAUUCACAUCAACCUCCUAUUAUUUCAAAAUCAGUUUUCUCAUUUA